AUGUCUAGUUUUGCUUCAAGAACAAGCUAAAAAGUUAAUGUUAAAUUUAUUUCUAGAUAAAAGAAUGGUGGGGAGCCAAAGUAACUGUAGAUCCCUAAUUGGAAGCAAAGAAAUAAAAGAUUAAUGAAAUAGAUUAAUAUAUUAAAGGAUUAAAUUAAGCCUUUAGCAAUGUUAGUGCCUUAUUUUAAUGUAGAUAUUUAAAAAAUCAUAUAGAAAUGCAUGGACAUAUGGGAAAGAUUAGUGCUAUAUCAUCAAAACUUUUUGAAAGAGAAACAGACACAAACAAAAGAAUUGGAAUUGAAGUAGCAUCUAUGUUUGGGAAUUUAUCAGAAUUAUUUAGAUCAAAAGUAUCUUAAUAAGUAUAAGUUAGAAUGAACCAGUUUAAGAAAUAAAUAAAAAUUUCUUGGAUUGGUUUCAAAUGAUUGAAACUUUGAAAGUACAAUUAGCCAAUUUCUAAGAAAUUCGUUUAGUUUAUGAUCAUUACAAAAUGAAAGUAGAAGAAUUAGAAAAAGAUAAAUCAAAUGCUUUAUAGAAAGGACAACCUGAAGAUUUCAAAUUAUCUGAUAAAAUUCGAAGAGUAAUUAAAUUAGAUAAUACUGUUAGAAUUAAAGUAAGCUUUCCAGUUCUGAAACCAAUUAUAAAUAAAAACUUUCAGAGAUAUUAAAUAAUAUGAAUAAAUUAUUGGGAAACUAUUUUAAAAUAAUAAAUUCAAGUCUCGAUACAGUAUAUAAUAAUAAUUAUUUAGUUUAUUAAUAUUAAUUAUGAUUUAUAUAUGAAUGCUAAAUCUAUUGUGAAAAAGAAUUUAAAAGCUUUUAAUAAAUUUAAAUAUCCAGAAUAAGAGCCUAUUAUUGAUUUAUUAAAAGAUUAAAAAGAAAUGGCAACAUUAUUAGAAAGAGAAUUUCUAAAAGAAAAAGAAUUAAAAGAAUUAAAAGAAAAAGAAUUAGAAAAAGAAAAAGAAAAAGAAAAAGAGAAAUUAAAUUAAUAAUAAUCAUAAUCAUAAUUUGCACCUCCAUAAUAAACUCCUUAAUGGGAUUUAAAUAAUAAAUUUAAUCCUUUUGGAUAAAGUUAACAAAUUAACUCUAAUGGAUAUUAAAAUAAUUCUAUAAUUCCAUAAUAAAUUAAUACAUAAAUGAAUAACUUUUAAAGUAAUUUUGUUAACUAGUAAUAAUAAUAAUUUGUUAGUCCAAUGACACCAACACAAAGAUAAUCUAUUAACAAUAAUAUAUAUAAUUAGUAAAAUUUCUAAUAACCGUUUGAUGAUGUUGGAUUUUAAAUGAUGACUGAUUUAAGAUAAAGUCAAAUGUAGAAUAGAUAAUAACAACAAUAGUAUGCACAAAGUGUAAUUAUAAGUCCUACAAACUUUGGUAAUAAUAAUAAUCCUUUUGCUAAUUAACAAUAUCUAAAUCAAAGACCUAGUUUAUAAUAGCCAUAAUCAUAAUUAAUAUAAUAAUUUGAUACUCCAUUAAAUAGAAUACAGCCACCAGGAUCAUAAAACCCAUUUUUUGAUAUUGAUAAUGAUCUUUCUAAAAGGGCAAUUUAGGAUAAUCCCUACACAUAUAAUCAAUAAUGGUAGGAUAAUUAGAAAACUAAUCCCUUUUCUUGA